UUUGUCUUCACUAUAAGACUGAUUCGAGAGAAAAGAUUCUGAGCACAGCUUUACUAAGAGAGACGGAGAUAUAGAUAGAGUAGAGAAGGCGACCAAUGGCGGAAUUCCAACACAAAGCUUUUGGUUUGGCCGCGACCGAUUCCUCCGGCGUCCUCUCACCCUUCCAUUUCUCUCGCAGGGAAAAUGGAGAUGACGAUGUAACAAUCAAAAUACUCUACUGCGGAGUUUGCCAUUCUGAUUUGCACACUGUCAAGAAUGAAUGGGGAAUCACACAGUAUCCUGUUGUGCCCGGGCAUGAAAUUGCGGGUGUCGUGACCAAAAUUGGUAAUAAUGUUGAGAAAUUCAAGGUCGGUGACAGAGUCGGGGUUGGGGUGAUAGUAAACUCAUGUAGGACAUGUGAUGUCUGCCAACAAGACCUAGAGAGCUACUGUGCCAAAAUGAUAUUCACCUACAAUUCCACCGACAAAGAUGGCACGAGGACAUAUGGUGGUUACUCAGACACAGUUGUUGUCGACCAGCAUUUUGUGCUUCGUUUCCCCGAGAAUGUGCCAUCUGAUGCUGGUGCUCCGCUGCUGUGUGCUGGAAUCACUGUCUACAGCCCGAUGAAAUACUACGGAAUGACUGAGGCUGGAAAGCAUUUGGGUGUUGCCGGUCUUGGAGGGCUUGGCCAUGUUGCAGUCAAGUUUGGGAAGGCGUUUGGGCUGAAAGUUACUGUUAUCAGUACCUCCCCGAAAAAGAAAGCUGAAGCCUUAAACAAGCUCGGUGCUGAUGCUUUCGUUGUUAGUACUGAUGCUGCUGAGUUGGAGGCUGCAACGGGCACAAUGGAUUUCAUCAUUGACACCAUCGCUGCAGUGCAUCAGUUGGCUCCAUUGCUAAGCCUGUUGAAGAUGAACGGGAAGCUUGUAACAGUGGGAUUGCCGGAUAAACCCCUUGACCUUCCUAUUUUCCCUCUAGUUGCCGGUCGAAAGAUGAUUGGUGGAAGUGAUUUCGGUGGUAUAAAAGAGACGCAGGAAAUGUUGGACUUCUGUGGAAAGCAUGGCAUAGCAGCGGACAUUGAGCUGAUUCGUGCUGACGAGAUAAACGCUGCUAUGGAGCGUCUUGCCAAAUCUGAUGUUAGGUACCGUUUUGUGAUUGACGUUGGAAACUCCCUCGCCAAACUCUGAGCCCUGGUGUGUGUCGACUCAAAACAGUUCUACCGUUUCUGAACUAUCAAAACAGUUUCGACAAUAAUCAUGUUCAUGAACUUAAACAAUGCUUUGAGUCUGAGAUUUGUUCCUGUACCAAUGCUAUGAUAUCCAUCAUAUUUCGUUCC